UUUUAUGAUAUUUUUACUUAGAAUAUAUGCACAUUAAUUGGAUAUGAUAAUAAUUUCUUUAUAAUGUAUAAUAGUGGUUAUAUGGCUCCUGAAUAUGCCAUUCAUGGGCAAUUCUCCGUCAAAUCCGAUGUGUUCAGUUUUGGAGUAUUGUUGUUAGAAAUAGUGAGCGGCAUGAAAAACAGGGGGCCCGUUUUGCCAAGUCAAAGCGUUAAUCUUAUCGGACAUGCAUGGAGGUUGUGGAAGCAGGGAAUCCCACUAAAUUUUGCCGAUGAAUGUUUGGAGAAGUCUUGCGUUAAAUUAGAAGUAUUGCGAUGCAUCCACAUCGGUCUUCUUUGUUUGCAAUGCCAUGCUGAUGACAGGCCAAACAUGUCAUCUGUGGUUAUCAUGUUGAGUAGUGAGGGUGUCUUGCCUGAGCCCAAAGAACCUGGUUUUCUCUUAGAACACGUUCCAGUUAGGGAAGCAUCUCCUAACAAUCAUACAGCUCUUUCAAAUAAUGAAGUAUCUCUCACUUUGUUAGAAGCGAGGUGAAGUCAAUUUUGCUUAUUGAUUUUGGUCCAUUAAUGGGCAUAGUUUUAAAAGAUAAGGUUGUCUAUUUGCAAUAAUGCAAGACGAUGCUGAUUCUAAACUGCUCUCUUAUUUUGGGAA